AUGUACUUGAUCAGAACUGAAACAGAUCGUUUUCACAAGGAACGGCACGAGCUGCUAACGCGCAGGUCGCUUGAAGAGCAAUAUGAGGAGGAAGCAAGUAGGCCUCCGUCUGAAGAGGCUGGCGUUCAAUUCUUUCCUGAUAUUACCGGGUGGGAUAUCAUCGAGAUCCAGGAAUGGGCCGGAUGUGUCGACUUGAAACCUGCCUCUGUGUGGUCUGUGGGUGCCAUUAAUACGUUCUAUCAUCUGCUCGAGCGCAGGUCCAACGAGAAGCAGAAGUUUGGGCAUCUCCGAGGGUUUGCCUUGUUCACGAAUGCGCCCAUCAAUGCGGUUAUCGAGAUCGCCAACAAGUCGUUUGGCUUCAACCAAUGGGAGAGCUCUCUCAUGGAGGAAACAGGACGUAUUGUGCGAUAUAGAAAGCACGAGUUCGACGACGAGCGAGGGCACCGGUACGAUCUUGAGUAUGCUAUUGACACAUGUCUCAUGUUGGCAGACGGGACGGUAGCACGGAAAACAGGGUUUGGAGUGGCGCAAUGGAUGCCAUCAAAAGGGCUGGCAUUUUCCUAUGCCAAGAAACAGGCCGCCACCGACGGAUUGAAGGCUUGCUUUUACGCAAUGGUUGCUCUUUUGGAGCAGUAUGAAGAGAAACUUAUUGAAGGGUAUUAUGAUUGA